ACUGAUACCGAAGGCAAUGCCAUUCAGGCACACGGAGGAAACAUCAUUCAAGCCCAAGGCGGCGAUGGCUCGUGGUACUGGUUCGGAGAGGACAAAACCGGUUGGACCAACACAGGCAAAUUCAAUGGAGUAUCCUGCUACAAGUCUCCCGACCUGAGCACCUGGACAAACCUAGGCCAUGUCCUAUCGCCGGUGGAAGGCACCAACAUCUCUUCUUCCCCCGAACGCAUUGUGGAGCGACCCAAGGUUCUGUACAAUGACAAAAACGCCGAAUAUGUCAUGUGGUUCCACGGCGACAACAAUAAUUACGCCGACGCCCAAGUCGGAGUUGCAACAAGUAAGACCAUCGAUGGCCAAUACACCUGGAAAGGAAAUUUCAGACCUUUUGGAAAUGACAGCCGCGAUAUGACAGUCUGGAAAGACCCUGAUACUGCUCAAGCUUACCUCAUCUUCGCUACGUCCGGAAACGCGGAUUUCCAAAUUGCCACUCUGGACGAAGACUACUACAAUGUCGUCGAUGCCAUCUACACCUUCGAUCAAGUGUUCCAAGAAGCUCCCGGGGUUUUCAAAAUCGACGGGAAGUUCUAUCUCCUCUUCUCUCCUCAAGACGGUUGGACUCCCACGGACAAUGGAUAUCACGUUGCAGAUAGCAUGUCCGGUCCUUGGAGUGAAGCCACACUCUUGCACCCCGAAGGUGCUUAUGCAUACCUCACGCAAAACGCCUACGAUAUCACGAUCAAAGGCUCCGAGGAGGUAUUUUAUCUCUAUUUGGGCGAUCAUUGGAACGCGAAUAAUCUUGCCGCGAGUAGCUAUGCUUUCUAUCCUAUUGUAUACGACGCAGGCACUUUGGCACUGCAUCCCACGGGCGGUUGGACCCUCGAUAUCGCGACUGGAAAAUGGUCAGAUCUCCCUUUUACGUUCAUCACCGCAGACAACUCUACUACCCCCGAGACCCAACUCGUGGCUUGCGAGACUGGGUGUGCGGGUGGCAUGGCGGCCAAUCUGACAUCUACCGACGGUUCUUUCACCUUU